GGGGCCUGCGGGCGGGGCGGGCUGGGAGCUAGGCGGAGGCGGCCGGCGGGACAGAAGCGGCCGGAGUAGCAGCAGCGCCAGCGGGAGCGGAGGCCGUAGCCGGGGCGGCGGGAGCAGGGCGGACCGGGCUCCAUGGCGCCAGCGGCGUCCGCCUGAGCGGCGCGGGUAACGGCGUGCAGCGGCCAGAUCGGGCCGCGGUUCUUGCCAGCCAUGGGGGACGUGCUGUCCACGCACCUGGACGACGCCCGGCGCCAGCACAUCGCAGAGAAAACGGGGAAGAUCCUGGCGGAGUUCCUCCGCUUCUAUGAGGACCAGUAUGGUGUUGCCCUCUUCAACAGCAUGCGUCAUGAGGUUGAGGGCACCGGGCUGCCGCAGGCUCAGCUGCUCUGGCGCAAGGUGCCACUGGAUGAGCGCGUCAUCUUCUCGGGGAACCUCUUCCAGUACCAGGAGGACAACAAGAAGUGGAGGAACCGCUUCAGCCUUGUGCCCCACAACUAUGGGCUGGUGCUCUACGAGAACAAAGCGGCCUAUGAGCGGCAGAUUUCACCCCGUGCUGUCAUCAACAGUGCAGGCUACAAAAUCCUUACUUCCGUGGACCAGUACUUGGAACUCGUUGGCAACUCCUUACCCGGGAUCACAGCCAAAUCGGGCACCACCCCCAUCCUCAAGUGCCCCACACAGUUCCCGCUCAUCCUCUGGCAUCCUUAUGCACGUCACUACUACUUCUGCUUGAUGACAGAAACAGAGCAGUACAAGUGGCAGGCCGUUCUGCAAGACUGCAUCCGGCACUGCAACAAUGGGAUCCCUGAGAACUCCAAGGUGGAGGGCCCAGCCUUCACAGAUGCCAUCCGCAUGUACCGCCAGUCCAAGGAGCAGUAUGGCACCUGGGAGAUGCUGUGCGGGAAUGAGGUGCAGAUCCUGAGCAACCUGGUGAUGGAGGAGCUGGGUCCUGAACUGAAGGCAGAGCUGACCCCAAGGCUGAAGGGGAAGCCCCAGGAGCGCCAGCGGCAGUGGAUCCAGAUCUCGGAUGCCGUGUAUCGCAUGGUGUAUGAACAGGCCCAGGCGCGCUUUGAGGCUGUGCUGUCCAAGCUGCAGCUGGGCCGGCCGGUCAUGGAGGCGGUCAUCCGCACCGACAUGGACCAGAUCAUCACCUCUAAGGAGCACCUGGCCAGCAAGAUCCGAGCCUUCAUCCUCCCUAAGGCAGAGGUGUGUGUCCGGAACCAUGUCCAGCCCUACAUCCCGUCCAUCCUGGAGGCCCUGAUGGUUCCCACCAGCCAGGGCUUCACCGAGGUGCGGGACAUCUUCUUCAAGGAGGUCACGGAUAUGAACCUGAACGUCAUCAAUGAGGGCGGUAUCGAUAAGCUGGGCGAGUACAUGGAGAAGCUGUCCCAGCUGGCGUUUCACCCCCUCAAGAUGCAGAGCUGCUAUGAGAAGAUGGAGCCACUGCGGCUUGAUGGGCUGCAGCAACGUUUUGACGUGUCCAGCACAUCCGUGUUCAAGCAGCGGGCCCAGAUCCACAUGCGUGAGCAAAUGGACAAUGCCGUGUACACCUUUGAGACCCUCCUGCACCAGGAGCUGGGGAAGGGGCCCACCAAGGAGGAGCUGUGCAAGUCCAUCCAGCGGAUCCUGGAACGGGUGCUGAAGAAAUAUGACUAUGACAGCAGCUCUGUGCGGAAGCGCUUCUUCCGGGAGGCUCUGCUGCAGAUCACCAUCCCCUUCCUGCUCAAGAAGCUGGCCCCCACCUGCAAGUCGGAGCUGCCCCGGUUCCAGGAGCUGAUCUUUGAGGACUUUGCCAGGUUCAUCCUGGUGGAGAACACAUAUGAGGAGGUGGUGCUGCAGACGGUCAUGAAAGACAUCCUGCAGGCUGUGAAGGAGGCCGCGGUGCAGAGGAAGCACAAUCUCUACCGGGACAGCAUGGUCAUGCACAACAGCGACCCCAACCUGCACCUGCUGGCCGAGGGGGCGCCCAUCGACUGGGGGGAGGAGUACAGUGGAGACAGUGGUGGCGGUGGGGACAGCAGCAGCCCCAGAACCCCAGAAGCGGUUACCCCCCCAGAAAAGCGAUGGCGCGCCAAGCAGGUGGUGUCCAUGGUCCAGGAUGAGGAGGCAGGGCUGCCCUUGGAAGCCAGCGCGGAGCUGGAGCUGCCAUCCCCCGCCUCCCCGGACAGCGUCACUGAGCUCUGUGGCCUGUUGGCCCAGGAUCCACAGGCUGAGAGCUCCCUGCCUAACGGGGCCCCUGCUCUGGAGAGCCCCCAGCCUGAAGCGGUGGUGCAGGAGACCCCCUCACCCACCUCCACCAUCCAGCAUCUCCCACCCGGAAAGUCUUCGGACCUUGAGCCUCCCAAGCCCAGCGACCAGGAGACCGGGGAGCAAGUGUCCAGUCCUGGGGGCCACCCUCCCCUCCACACCACCACUGAGGACCAUGCAGGGGUGCAGACUGAGUUCUAGAUGGGUCAUCCCUAGGCUUCUGUGGACACAGCACACAGCUCCACCCUCCCAGGCACCUGACUUGUGUCUGUGGCAGAGUGGGGGCUGGGGGGAGGGGCAGGGCUGGGGGGCACCUCCAGGCUGGGGCAGGCCCACCCCAGUCACUUAACUGUUGCUCUGUUUUCUCUGCUGGGAGCCUCCAGUGGCUGCCACUUCCCCGAGCCUCCUUUCCUGCCCUUUUUCAGUGGUCUGUUUCUCUUAUGGAUCUUGCCAUCCUUGGGGGACACGGGGAAGUCAAGGCUAUGAAUUAGAGCCAGGAAUUCUCUGCUUCCCCCCAGGGGCUCACUGAAACCAAAUGAUGGUGGAGCUUGGGUGAGGCCAACCCCAGGCUGCGACCCAGAAGCCAAUUUCAGACUGGACAUUGCAGUUCUCACUUUCCUUGCUGUGGGUGAAGGGAGGUGCAGGGAGAGGGUUGCUAGACUGAGGGGGUACUUGGGGAGGGGUGUUGCCUGAAGGGAGGAAGGAAGGGGAUGGGGGUGGGCAAAUGCAGCAGCGAAUGAGAAAGAGAGAAAGGAAUGAGAAAGACCUGGAAUGUGCUGAUAUGAGGAGAGGAAGUGUCCUAAGGGUAGGAGUGACCUUAGUGGGAGCUGCUGGGAGUGUGUGCAUGAAGGUGAGAAGGUAGAAGGAAAUUCCUGGGAACUUUGUGCCCCUGCCCCCUUCCAGCCUAUUCCAGUUCCUGGGAUGCAGUCGUGGGGACUUCCCUGUUUCCUCAUCCCUUCUGCUAGCCACCUGUGCUUUGGGAUGGGGUGGGAAGGGGCACUGAGCCGAGGCAGGGUGUGGAUUCUAUCUUCUGCGGGCUGUCUCCAGGGCACUUGCUGUACACUGAGGGGUGGGCUUUCUGAGAGUCUAUGGCUUCCCAGGUGCCACUUGUGGCCUCUGUGAGGAUCUGGGCUCAGGCUGUGCCCUGCUGCCUCUGAAUCCCCAUGAAAAUUCCAGGACACUUUUCAAAUAUCCUUUAAGUAGCUUGGGACCUGGCCAUACUCCUUCCUCAGCUUCUUUUUCUGGGGGUGGAGGGAGGUGGGGAGAGGUAACAAGCCAAGGCAGUCCCAGCCUGGAAGCCCCCUCCCCCCAUAUUUCUGCUCUGCUCCACUGAAGCGAGGGAAGGCAGGAUGAGACUGACUCCUGACUCCUUUAGGGUUCUCAGGAUGGGGUCCCCUCUUCAGCUCUAUAUCCCCCCACCCCCUUGGUUCACUUCCUGGGACUGAGGUCUGGAACCCACAGGAUGAGUGGUGGUGGCUGGUGCUCAGGGACCCCCCCCAGUCCCCCAGCUUUCACUCAAAGGGGUCACUAACCUACCAACACAUUCUGUUUUAAGACGCUCUCCUCUAGUGCCUUCUUUUGGGGUUUUCCAAUCAUCCUUUCUGGAUAUUGUACUGAAGACAUUAUACAAACUGUUUAAGCCUCUACUAAUCAAUAAAUGCUGUAUUUAAAGCCA